UGUAGUUCGUUAAAAACGUUCGACCCACAAAUGAAAACAAAAUAACAAUAAAUGGAAGAAAAUAGUAAUGUAGAGGUAGUGGAAGCUGAAAAUAAUACUGAAACAACACAAGAAAACUCUGUGGUCAUUCAAGAAAAUGGAAUUCAUGAAAUUAAAGAACCAGAGAUUGAUUUAUCUUGUCAAAUACAAGAAUUUAAAAGCACGAUUUCAAAUCUCAAGGAUGAAGUAGCGAAGAAAGCAGAUGUUAUCACUGAUUUAGAGAAAUUGAAAGCAGUUCUAGAAAAAGAAGUGAUACAACUGAAACGAGACCGAGAAAAUGCAGUAAUCAGAUACGCUACAGUUGAGAAACAAAUUCUUGAUUCUAAAAAUGGAAAAGAAUUUAUAGAAAAGAAAAAUAAGGAAUUACAAAGAGAAAUUGAAUUGCUGAAUGGAAAGAUUAAAGGAGCAAAUGGAGAUAAAACGAGAAUUUGCGGAAUUUUAGAUGCAAAGUGCCAUGAACUUAAAGCCAGUCAAAAAGAAAUUGAAAAAUUAAAAUAUGAUAAUUCUGCACAAGAGUCUAAAUUUAAAUGGCAUCAAUCAAAAUUCAAACAGGAAACGGAAGCACGAGAGAUUGCUGAAAAGAAGAUUGAAGAACUUACAGCGGAAAUCAAUCAAAUGAAAUUAAAAGAGAUUAACAGAGCGAAAGAAGAGGUUGAAAUAGAACGAAAUAUGUUAGCAGAAAAGCAAAUGAUGGAACAAAAUGCAACGUUGAUUCUUCUGAAACACAACAACGAAGAGAAAACUCGUAAAAUUGAAGUUCUUGAAAAAAAAUGUAAUCAACUUGAGUCUGAGUUACAAGCAUUAAAUUCAAAACAUUUAACAACAUGUCAAGAGUUUGAAAAGAUGUCACACGAGCAAACAUAUCUUAAUCAACAAGUUAAUGAUUCACAAUGUUUGUUAGACAAGCAAAUGAUGAAGAUUGCUGAACUUCAAUCGAAUCAAAAUGAUUUAGAGAAAAUUCGUACUCAGCUUUCAAUUGAAAAAGAAUCAAAUCGUCAAAUGAAAAAUGAGCUCAGUUCAUUGACAGCUCAAAUCGAUGAACAAAAUUUAGAGACUGAGAAAUGGAAAGAAAAGGAAAUUGAAUUGUUACAGUUGAACAAGGAAUUGACUGAAACUGUUGUAAAAAUGAAGAAUGAAUGUUCAAUCAUUACUUCGAAAACCACCGCGAUAUCGCUUGAAAAUCAACUUAUCAAGAAGGAUAAAAACUACUACGAAGGAAUCAUUGAAGAUCUCCGUAGUCAAUUAGAUGGCGAGAUUAAGAAAAAAAAUUCUGAUUGUCAACUUAUGUCGAAACAUAUUUCAGAUAAAGCUAGAAUGAUAGAAAAUCUUCAGACAAAGAAUGAAGAAGCGUUGGGAGAACUCGAAGCACAACAGAAGAAAUAUUUACAAACUGUCAAAGAACUUAACAGAGAAAUUAAUCAGCUUCGGAAAAAAGUUGAAAGUGUCAGUAGAGAUGAACAAGGUGAGAAGAAAAGUCCCACACCAUCGUUCACAAGCGAGUCUUCCGCUGAUUCACAUGUCAAUGAAUAUCCAAAGAUCUCUCUUGAGCCAUCACAAAAGUCACUGAUUGACAGAAUUGUUCGGUUACAAAAUGAAAUUGUGCGACAAAGUGAGAAAAUUGAUUUUCUUGAAAAUCAUCAAGCACAGCUUGUUGAAGAACUCAAGAGAUAUAGAAAAACAAAUAAGAAAUAGUGAAAUUGAAAUCAUACAAAUGUACUUAAACAUUCCCAUCAAAUGUAUUUAUUAUUGUUAUCAUUUAGAUAAAAUAUCAAAUAGAUUAACAGAUAAUUAUCAAGCAGUUUAAGUCUUUCAUUUACUUUUUAUUUAAGAUUUUGUGUAUGGCUUUGAUUAAAGUGAUUUAAAAUUGAAUUUAUUAUUUCAUUUUUAAUUUCUUUUGCGUUGAUUCUUUUCUUAUUAAGAAUCUUCUAACACAUUUUAAUAGAAUGAAAAUAAACAUAAAGAUGA